UGAAUAUAUAAACUUUAUUGCAUUUCACUGAUUUUGAGCAGUUAGUGAGUCUGAGUGGUUUUACCAAAACACAGAAAUAUGAUAUUUUAAAAGUAAAAAUCUCUUUUUUUCUGUGUUGCAUUAAUACUUGAUUUGUUUUCUUCGUUUGUGAUUUAGAAUUGAAUGUCUUAGCUUCCUAAUCAAUAACUAAUUUUGGGGGAAACAUGACAAAUUCAGUGUAUUUUUUUAGAUAAUUAAACAAGGAGAGAAAAAAUAUAACUUUUUAAAAAUGAUUUUCACAAAUUUUUUCAGGAAAAAGGGACUCUGAAGGAGAUGAGCCUAAUAAAAGGGCGUGGCCGGACAGGUGAUGGAGGUCAGGUGGGCGUGUCCAAACGUUCUGGAGCUCCUCAGAGAUGUUUGAAUUUCAGGAUGACUCCUGUCUGCGCUGUUGGUCUCUUCCUGGUUCCAUGUGGACCAAACCACAGCCGGUUCGCCAUUAGAACCCUCCGCCCAGCGCUGUCCUUCGGUUCGAGUGAGGCACGCGGCACCUCGCGCUCCGCGGACCUUUGUUCUGUUCUCCGGCUGUGACUGACUGGGCAGCGCGCGCGCCUUUGACGGUGCAAACAGUCAAGAGGAGGAGGAGGGCUGCUCCUCGCGGGGAGGAGGGGAGGGCGUGCCGUCGUGGGAGAGGUCCACUCCACAGCGUCAGACUCCUGGUGUCCCUCCAAGCCGGAGGAGCGGGAGGACGGUGCGCUCUGCUUCCCUCUGCGGACCGAACGAAGAUGCUCGCCCCGCCGCUGCUGCUGCUGCUCCUCGGCGGAGCGUCGGCCGCCUCUCACCACAGUUGCAAUGGUCCUCUGGUGUCUGCGUUGCCGCAGUCGUCCUUUCAGAGCUCCUCGCAGUCGGCGGCCAGCGCCGCCGCCUUCAACGCCAUCCUGAACAGGAGAGACGGAGCAGGAGGCUGGUCUCCCAUGGUGACGGACCAAAACCCCUGGCUGCAGGUGGACCUCGGGGAACAGAUGGAGGUGACGGCCGUGGCCACGCAGGGCCGCCACGACAGCUGGGACUGGGUCAGCAGUUACCUGCUGCUGCUCAGCGACACGGGCCGCAUCUGGAAGCAGUACAGGCAGGAGGACGGCGUGGAGAGACUGGCGGGGAACAUGAACGCCGAGGCCGUGGUCCAGAACAAGCUUUCCCACACGGUGAGGGCGCGCUUCCUGCGCUUCGUCCCGCUCGACUGGAACCCCAGCGGCUGGAUCGGCCUCAGGGUGGAGGUGUUCGGCUGCUCCUACAAGUCGUACGUGGCGGACUUUGACGGCAGAAGCUCCCUGCUGUAUCGGUUCUACCAGAAGUCCAUUUCCACGGUGAAGGACGUGAUUUCUCUGCGCUUCAAGAGCCACCAGGCCGAGGGCGUCCUGCUGCACGGCGAGGGCCAGAGAGGAGAUUACAUCACCCUGGAGCUGCACCGAGGCAGGCUGGACCUCUACCUCAAUCUAGACGACAGCAGGCCGAGGUUCGGCAGCCGCCGCGCGGCCGUGAGCGCCGGCAGCCUGCUGGACGACCAGCACUGGCAUUCCGUCCACAUCGAGCGCUUCAACAAGCAGGUCAACCUGACCGUGGACUCGCACACGCAGCACUUCCACACCGCCGGGGAGGGGCACUCGCUGGAGGUGGACUACGAGCUGAGUUUCGGCGGGAUCCCUCUGCCUGGAAAACCCGGCACCUUCCUGAGGAAGAACUUCCACGGCUGCAUGGAGAACCUCUACUACAACGGCAUCAACAUCAUCGACCUGGCCAAGAGGCGCAAGCCGCAGAUCCACAGCGUGGGCAAUGUGACCUUCUCGUGUUCACAGCCCCAGCUGGUGGCGUGCACCUUUCUGAGCGCCGGCAGCAGCUUCCUGACACUCCCGUCACACGCCCCCGCCGCGGGGGACUUCUCCGUUCGCUUCCAGUUCAGGACCUGGAACCCAGACGGGCUUCUGCUCUCGGUGCAGCUCGACCCCAGCCCACAGAAACUGGAGAUGCAGAUCAGCAACAGCUGGCUGCUCCUCACCCUCCACGGCGCCGGGGGCCAGAGGACCGAGGUCACUGCCGGUCGCAAGGUCAAUGACGGGCUGUGGCACUCGCUCAGUCUCACCUGCAAGAACCUGCAGCUCUCUCUGAGCGUGGACGGCGACCCCCCCUCCAACAUUGAGCUUUGGAAGCCGGUGAAAGUGCGAGGCAGCUUCUUCUUUGGAGGCUGUCCUCCCAAAGACUGCCGGCUGGAGACCCCGGCCUUCCGGGGGUGCAUGCAGCUCAUCUUCAUCGACAACCAGCCGCAGAGCCUCAGCCUUGUGCAGCAAGGGUUGCUGGGAAAUUUUAACGAGCUGCAGUUUGACAUCUGCAACAUCAAAGACAGAUGCCUCCCUAACCUGUGUGAACACGGAGCCAGAUGUUCCCAGACGUGGAGCUCCUUCUCCUGCGACUGCUCUGGAACGGGAUACUCCGGAGCCACGUGUCACACCUCCAUCUACGAGUCGUCCUGUGAGGCCUACAAGCUCAGCGGCAGCUCGUCGGGCUUCUACUUCAUUGAUCCAGAUGGGAGUGGCCCCCUGGGGCCCACACAGGUUUACUGCAACAUGACAGAGAAGAAGGUGUGGACGGUGUUGUCACAUAACGGCACGGCUCCCAUUCAAGUCCAAGGCUCCUCGCCAAAGAGGCCGCACAUCGUGAGGUUGAGCUACAACGCAUCGGCCGAACAGAUGCGCUCGAUCGUCUCUGGGUCGGAACACUGUCAGCAGGAAGUGGUGUACAACUGCAAAAAGUCCCGCCUCUUUAAUGCAAAGGAUGGAAGCCCACUGUCAUGGUGGCUGGACCGUGAAGGAGAGCGGAGGAGCUACUGGGGUGGAUUUCUGCCCGGAGUCCAGCAGUGCUCCUGCAGCCUGGAGGAGAACUGCUUAGACCUGAACUACUUCUGCAACUGUGAUGCCGAUACAGACGCCUGGGCUAACGACACAGGACUACUCUCCUACAAAGAGCACCUCCCGCUCAGCCAGAUUGUGAUCGGCGACACCAACAGGACGGGCUCGCGGGCCGUGGUCCACGCCGGGCCUCUGCGUUGUUAUGGAGACAAGUCUAUAUGGAACGCAGCCUCCUUCUACCAGGAGUCCUCGUACCUCUACUUCCCCACCCUGCAGGCAGAGCUGGCCUCCGACAUCUCUUUCUACUUCAAAACCAGCACUCCCUCUGGAGUCUUCCUGGAGAACCAGGGCCUCAAGGACUUCAUCAGAGUGGAGCUGAGCUCUCCGUCCGUGGUCACGUUCUCCUUUGAUGUGGGCGACGGUCCGGCACUGCUGUCCGUGAAGUCCCCCCUCCCUCUCAACGACAGGCAGUGGCACUAUGUAAGGGCCGAGCGCAACGUCAAGGAGUCCUCGCUGCAGGUCGACCAGUUGCCGCUCCGCAUCCUGGCGGCGCCGGCAGACGGGCGGCUCCGCUUGCGGCUCAGCAGCCAGCUUUUUGUGGGGGGCACGGCGUCCCAGCAGAGGGGCUUCCUGGGCUGCAUUCGCUCCCUGACGGUCAACGGCAUGGGUUUUGACCUGGAGGAGCGGGCCAAGAUGACGCCCGGAGUUAGCGCCGGCUGCCCCGGCUACUGCAGCGGCUCCAGCAACCUCUGCCACAACCGAGGGAAGUGCAUUGAGAAGAGCAAUGGCUACAUCUGCGACUGCUCGCAGUCCGCCUACGGAGGCACCACCUGCAACCAAGAGGUCUCUGUGUCCUUUGACAGGGAGUCCUCCGUAACCUACACCUUCCAGGAGCCCUUCUCCGUCAUGCAGAACAGGAGCUCAAAGGCCUCCGGCGUCUCCCCGGACAGCCGGGCACGAGAGGACGUGGCCUUCAGCUUCGUCACCUCCCAGAGGCCGGCCAUGCUGCUGACCGUCAGCACCUCCGGCCAGCGAUACAUUGCAGUCAUCCUCGCCAGGAACGGGACUCUGCAGAUCUGGUAUCGCCUUCAGACGGACAGGAGCCCGGAUGUGUUCAAUCCCACCCCUGGUAACCUGGCAGACGGCCGUCUUCAUCGGAUCAGAAUUCACAGAGUGGGCAAAAACCUUUAUGUGCAGAUCGACCAGGACGUCCACAGAAAGUACACACUGUCAUCCGAUGCAGAGCUGAUCUCCAUCAGGUCCUUGACUUUAGGGAAAGUCACUGGUAUGGAGAACCUGGACGAGGAGGUUCGGAGAGCGGCUUUAAAAGGUUUCUUUGGCUGCCUGUCCUCCGUGCAGUUCAACCACGUGGCCCCGCUAAAGGCGGCUCUGACCAAUCGGGGAAGCUCACUGGUCACCAUUCGGGGUGACCUGGUGGAGUCAAACUGUGGCGCUCUGGCCGAGUCAACCUCACACACUCUACAAGAUGAAGCUGCCAGUGAAGAUAAGAAGCAGCAUGGCGGCAGCACCCAGAAGGAUCUGGCAGUGAUCGCAGGCGUGGUGACGGCGGUGGUUUUCAUCGCUGUGUGCGCUUUGGCUGUCAUCAGCCGCCUCCUCUACCAGCAGAGGCGAGCCCAAAGGAACGGUGGGGGCAGCAUGAAGGACGAGCACAGACACGGCAUGUGCACGGACUACAGGACUGAGCUCCACGUCCACAACACUAUCAGGGACAGCGUGAAGGAAUACUACAUCUAAAGGUUGGGGGCGUGCAGCCUGCUCCGCCUCCGUAUCUCCUGGGGACAGAGCCGGCAGGUGGAGGCGUUGCUGUUGGGUCUUCUUCAACGCGUGUGGGCGCCCUGGAGGUUCACGGGGACGCUCCAAACUCUUUCUUCGCUCCUUUACAAGCUAGUGGCUGAACCUUUGCAGCUGUUAGUGUCUUUGAUGUUGGUGACGUUUUCAGAAUCGAGCUGCUGUGGUUUCUGUCAUUGCAAAAAUGUGUAAAAGCAUCAGAUGAGCGCGCUGCAGGGAUGGAUGGCAUGGUGGCAGCACCGCGGGCCACACCCCUGGAUAUUUCCUACAGAGCUAAGCAGACUCCCUGAACGGAUAUGCUGAGGUCAGGUCUGUGGGAUGCUGCUGCUGUUUGGACCUCCAGUAGUUUUGAAUGCUUUCCAAGAAACAGGGACAAAACUGCCUAUACUGUAUGAGUGCCUAAUUUGCAUUUUCCUUUUGUUCCUAACAUGUUCUAAGUCGUGCUCAUGAUAUGCCACCGAGUCGGGCUUGACCUUCACACGCUGAGCCAUUACACCGGCUGUCUGCUGCGAUCAGGAGCUCCAAACACUCCCAGAGCCUCAUUCAGCAAACAAAGAGCAGAAAACGCUCAACAAACCAGCGAUGACCCUUUCGGUUCACUUCAGGAAAACAACUUAAACUUGAAGCACGUCAAACCCGGAAGUGUUUCAUCCCGUUUGGGGCAGAUGAAUACCUCGUGUCCGUACUUGAUAAGGGGUUCUAAAAUUUACCUUAGCUUUUUUGCUAGCAUCGCUAACAUUAUUAGCCUCAAUGAAAACAAGACAAACUUUUGUAUUAAUGUGCUCACAUAUGGACAGGAUCUUUAUCCCUUGUGCUUCUGUGUCGGUCUCACAUCGUAAGCGUAGCUUGUAAGGAUUUCUCUGCCAAAGUAAGACGUCCUCUCGGUAAGGUCACAGUAAGAAAAGCUCUAAAGCUAAACUAAAUGCUAACCUUUUUUUUUACUUCACAAAGAAGCAUUGAAAUGUUGUAAUCUGACGUGACAGACUUCUAAAAUCACUACUUUUUAACAAACUAUUACCAAAUUUCUUAAUUGUGUUUUUGUUUUGUUUUGCUUUCAUAGACUGAUGAUCAAAAAUUGUUUCGCAGUUGCCAUGGGAACGUUUUGGAGUGGCCAGUGAAAGACCUAGCCUGAGGUGUUUGUCAAAUUUGAUUCGAGUUUCUGUGGUUAAUACGAAAAAUAAUUUAUAUGACUGAAGUGCAACAUUGUUAUCUUCUGAGGGUUAGAAUUGGCUCCGCCCCCUUUGCCAAUUCGAUGACCCAUCAAAAAAAAAGGUUCAAUUUGUAAAACAGUGAAGACAAGUGUCUAUUUUUUUUGAUGAUUUUACCUUGAAGUUUCUCCAUCCUUUGAUUUAAUGUUCAUUUACAUGAAUGUACCAGGAAGGAAGAGAACCAAGAUAAACGCUUUAAAGGCUGUGCAAGUAAAACGCUGACAGACUGAUGGAUUUUGUGACAAAAGAAAAAAAGCUGUGGUGAUUGGUCAGACCUCUGACGGAAAAGGAUGGACGUUUUCCUGAACAGCCUUGAUAGUCGCUAAAAGAAAGAAAGCCUUGUGUUCAUUUGGAGCUUUGUUUUAGACCAUCUUGAAUGGCUCUUUAACAUAAUUGGUCAAAAUAACUUGUUUAUUUUGAGUCGUAGGCUCUACUUUUGUCGAGAUAAUAAAGUUAGUGUGAAAAACUUUUUUUACAAGUUUUAAAGUAAAUAAAAACACAACUUAUUGGAAAUAUGGACAACCAUUGGUAAAUGUCGAAAAA